AUGACAUGUAAAGAAGCUAACUGCAAAAAUUUAUCAUGUGCUCUAUGUUAUGAUUGCCAGCAGUCACUCUGUUUAAGUCAUAUCAUAGUUCAUCAUAAUAGAUUUAUUGAACGACAUCUAUCAUUCUAUGAAAUUCUUCAACAAUUAUAUCAUAAACUUCAUUCCAUGAGUAUCGAACAAUGUUAUAAACAAGUAUUUGAAGAAUUAUCAUUGGAUCGUACUUAUGCAAAAGAUACCAUUGUACAUCUUCGUGCAAUACGUGAAGAACUUAUUGAACAAUUAAAUAAAUUUAAACUGAAACAAUUUAAUCAAUUGAAAAGCAUUAGCUUUCGACUACACGAUACAAAUCAAAUGAUUAAUAAGAAGGAAGAAAAUGAGAUUAAAAUUAAAUUAGAACAAAUUCAAGCAUCAAUUAACUCACUUGUUUAUGGAAUACAUUUGGAAAUAUCUAAAACAACAAAAAAAGUUCAAUGUCGAAAACUUUUUCAUCAUAAAACACAAUCACCAUCGGAAAUGAAAGCCGAUUUAAUCUUACAAAAAAGUUCUAGUUGGACUAAUGGAUCCAGUGAAAAUUUUUGGAAGAAAAAAACUGAAUUAGAUGAACGUUUAUCUUUGUUUUGA